UUUACCUCUUCAGGUGGAAGAAGAUCCCAAUGGGUGAGAAACUGGGCUAUAUGGAGGUACUUCAGGGAUUAUUUUCCAAUAAGACUGGUUAAAACCCACAAUCUGCUGACCACCAGGAAUUACAUUUUUGGGUACCAUCCACAUGGCAUCAUGGGCUUGGGUGCCUUUUGCAACUUCAGCACAGAGGCCACGGGUGUCAGCCAGAAAUUCCCUGGGAUCCGACCAUACCUCGCGACUCUGGCUGGGAACUUCAGGAUGCCCAUUUUGAGGGACUACUUAAUGUCUGGCGGUAUAUGUCCAGUGAACCGUGACAGCAUCGACUACAUCUUGUCCAAGAACGGCAGCGGCAAUGCCAUCAUCAUUGUGGUCGGAGGGGCAGCGGAGUCCCUGAACUGCACCCCAGGGAAGAACUCUGUGACGCUGAAAAACCGGAAAGGAUUUGUGAAACUGGCUCUACGGCACGGUGCGGACUUGGUUCCUGUCUACUCCUUUGGGGAGAACGAAGUGUACAAGCAGGUGAUCUUCGAGGAGGGCUCCUGGGGAAGAUGGGUUCAGAAGAAGUUUCAGAAGCACAUUGGCUUUGCUCCAUGCAUCUUUCAUGGCCGUGGUCUCUUCUCCUCUAACACCUGGGGGUUGUUACCUUACUCCAAGCCCAUCACUACUGUUGUUGGGGAGCCCAUCACCAUCCCCAAAAUCGAUAAUCCAUCCCAGAAAGAAGUGGACUUCUACCACAGCAUUUAUGUGGACUCCCUGAUCAAACUCUUUGACAAGUACAAGAGCAAAUUUGGCCUGCCAGAGACUGAGGUCUUGGAAGUCAACUGAAGGGACUGGCUCAGCAGCACCUUCUUCUCUCAGAAUCAGCACAUCUUCUCCAGGAGUCCAAGCUGUCAUCAUGUACUUGAAAGCAUGUGUGGGUGUAUGUGUCUUUGAAAGAAAGUGUUUAAAGUAUUGCUAGAACACUUUUUAAAAUAAU